GCCUGGGAGUAACCCCCAUAACGGAGGGGGUUCCGCGGGUCCUACCCAGGAAAAUCUUAGAAUCUCGUAAUCUUAUUAGACCCAUUUCGAUGCUUCCGUGCCGACGAUUGUCCAUCGGUUUCUGCAGAAAAAUUACGUUCCUUCUGUGAGCCCUCAACAAAAUAUCCAUCUAUGCAUGUCCAUACUAUAAGCUCCCAGACCUCCUAAUUUUGCGUAACUGGUAACGCCUAGUUCCACCAUUCUACGGGACCGAUUUUCAUGAUUUUUGCGGAAAUCGACGGGCAAUUGUCUCUAGAUUAGCCGCCUCUAUUCAAUUUUUCAAAAUAUCGUCGAGGUUACGCAGUUUGUCCAUCGAUGUCUGGAAAAAAAGCUACGUUUCUGGUUCGAACUUUCCGCAAAAAAUACUUUCGUAUUAUAUGCUUGCAAAAAGAAAUUGAAAUAUAAACUCCAUUUGUACCCAUUCGGAGUCUUCCGUAAUACAGGAUCUUCAUAAAUCCACGCAUAAUUAUUCACCUUCUUUUUUACUCAAACACAAAGUACAUUCCCUUGUUUGUUACAUUUAACGAGGCCGGAAAAUGUAUCAAAUCCCGACUCUUUUUGGGCCCAUUUCGAGUCUUUACCGUCGAAAAUUUUUACAUUCACCACUGUGCUUACAUUGAAAUCGCAACAUUAAAAGAGAUAAUUAUCCGCGAUGCCUUACUCAAUUUUUUUUCUUUUCGAUGAUUUGAUCAAGUUCCGUCUCCUCUUUCCUCCUCUAGUUUCCUCGUUUAUUUUACAUUGUGGUGGGGGGGGGGCUUGACCCCCUCAGCGUCCAGCGGCCCUCCCCCCGGGCUACGUGACUGUGGAGUCCCAUCGAUUGAAGCAUCGCUCCCACGCAGUCGUUUAAGCAAACAUAAUGGCGCAUCGUUCCGCACGGUUGUUGAUUCCGCUGUUUCGUCGGUGAUUCGUCGUACCGCACGAUAUUUAUACUGAGGCUCACGUGUUUCUCUGCUCGCAAUAUUGACAAUGAAGAUCCUUACAGUUCUCUGUUGUGGAUCGCGAGGCUUCCACACUACACGGAACCGGCGGGCAAAGUGGAAUUUGGCCUUUUAAAAAAAUCUGUCCGUAGUACGGCGACCCUGGCGGUUGAAAUUUAAACCAGAGAGGGUACCCAUCUAUUAGGAACUGUUUCUUUGCAAGAAACAAUAACAUAACCAAUAAAAAAUGACUUCAAUAAAAAAACCGUCCUCCCCAAAUUUUUUUGUCGCGCCCGCGAAAACUUAUGGGGCCACGGGCAAAGUGAAAUGGGUCCGUAAAGUGGAAUCUGAUCAUUUUAAAAAUCUUAUUCGUCCUGUGGUGCUUGAAAUUGAAACUAGAGAGGGCACUUAUCCGCCGGAAACAGUUUUUAUGCAAAGAGAACAACAUAAGCAGUAAUGAAUCACAAAAGUAACUAGCCGACCCUUGCCAGAUUUGUUACUCGCUCGUCAAAGCUUCUCCCUUUUUAGAAGUGUCAAAUGAAUAAAUCCAUGAAUCCAACUCAAUAAGUAAUUACUCUAGUUUCGAUUUCAAAAACAAAAUUUGACCGAAUCCGUUUCUCCUUCUAAUUAUUAAUACAAUUUCAAGGGCCGGUGUCUCGAAUUCCACUUUGCCCGACUUAAGUCGGUCAAAGUGGAAUUUUGCCUCUUUUUUGCAUCUAAUUUUCCUGGCCCUUUUUGAAAACUUUUUUGGCUUCUUUCACCUUUUUUCGAUAAAAAAAGCGAUGAAACUUCAAUUAUAAAUAAACAUAAUGUUUUAGGUAGUUGAAACAAAUUUCCUGUAUCGCGUUGAAAAAAAGUGGUCCACUUCCCCCGGCUCUCCCCUAUACCUGCGAGACGGCAACAGUCGAUUCUCGAAACGUUGCUUAUUUCACAGUACCCUUAUAAUCGAAAUAAAAGACAUUUCCCCGUACGCUGGUGAAAAUGUGCCGAACCCAAGCUUUUUUACCACUGUCCAGCAUGAUGGUUCGGAAGGUGGAGGCGACAGCCCGUAAUACUACAUACGUACGGCUACAAAAGAACAUGUAUUCACCUGCAGAAGAAAGAAACGCCUAAUCGACCGACCACGAUCGGUGACCGAAAAACUAGUGUUUAUUUCCGAUGAUGCAUCUUGAAUAAAAUUUCUACACCAUACGGCGUAAUGUCUUUCAUCUCGGUAGGCGGUACCCAAACAAUAUUAAUGGAAAUAGACAAUUUGUUCAAAGCUGGAUGUCGCCAAGACAUGUACAAUGCCUUCGCCUCCUCUUCCUCCUCUUAUUGCUUCCUACAUGUCACUAAAGCGGCUGUCCGAGCGUCCGGCUUACGGAAUGCGACCAUAACUUCUAACUCAAUGUCGAUUGUUUCCUUUCAUCCGCAGAUCAGAGCCCCGGAUGCCAUCAAGGCAAAAAUUCAAGACGAUUUCAAUAAAACCAUCCGUUUUAUCCAAGGCAAUGACAAUCAGCAGCCUCCGUUCCCGGUGAUCGAGCAGGAGAUCACUGGGGACAGACGGUGCUUUACCGUCACUGGGCGGAAGGUCACGGAUACGACCACCCUUAAGGAUUACGUACGAGAGGGUUUACGAGACAGCGAAGGAACCCUACAUCAAUAUGAGGAGGAGUUUUGGAGUCGAAUGGCCGUGCCUCCCUUCUCCAAACGGACUUAUGCUGCCGACCUGACCCCCUCCGAAGCCCGCUUUGGAGGCCCUCCUGACGGGGUCCUGGAUGUUGACAGGAUCUCGUCUCUGUUGGACGGGACCAAAGCCGGGACGAUAGCCGGGGUCGGGUCGCAGUACCUGUACUUCGGGAAGGCAGGCACGGUGUUCGCCUACCAUUUAGAAGACUGCAACUUCCUAUCGGUCAACAUCCACCUGGGGGGUGCCCCCAAAGUCUGGUACGCUGUCCACCACCAUCAUGUCUCGAAAUUCCUUGAAUUUAUAUCCAUCCAUUAUGCGGAGGAAUUCCAAAACUGCACCACCGGAUAUCUAAUGCAUAAACGAUGUUUCCCCGCCCCUCAGGCCCUGCGGGAUGCCGGAAUUACAGUAACCCCGAUCCUCCAGACGCCCGGUGACAUCAUAGUGACCUUCCCCCAUGGGAUACAUGGGGGAUUCAAUUCCGGACUGAAUCGAAAUGCGGCGCGGAACGUGGCCGCUCCCUGGUGGCUGGAGUUCGCCCGUUCCGCGCUACGCCACGAAUGCGGCGCAGAAACCCUCGGGUUUUCCCUCGACGGCCAGCAACUGAACGCCCUGAAGGAGAAGGCACGGAGGCAGGUCGCCACCAGGCGGAGCCGGCCGCCUGAGAUGGUCGUCCGGCACACGGAAGCCGCCAGUUCCUCGGCCGCGACAAGUGUCACGCGGCGCAUCUGUGCGGUGUGCGGCGAGCCGAUUCACCGGUGCUAUUCGCCGCCACGCAUCCUCGGACUACAUCUGCUCGAGAUGUUAUAACAGCUCCCGGCCACCGAAACCGAGAUGCGUGACAUGCCGGAAAUUAAUGUACCAGGAGAAGCGGCAAGUCCCCAUAGAGGAUCGUCCACCGGGCUCCCCGGCCGUACAAUACGAGCACGUCGUCUGCUUCCGGCGGAGAAAGCUGAGG